UUUUAUUAUUAUUAUAUUCAGCGGUCCAAAAAAUUAUAUGUAUAACUUUUGUUGCAUUUUUGAGACAAAAAUCAGCUCAUUUUAGCAUUCAUCCUUUUUUGCAAUGGAUCCGUAAUUGCAACAUGAUUUCAUGGGAUGGCCGAGUUGCAUAUAGUUGGACAAGUUUCAUCCGCAAAAAAUUUUAAACAAUCACAUCUACUUUGUAAAUGGAAUUUUUAUGUUGGUAAUGGUUGGAAAAUCAUAUCAGGAUAUGAGGAAGGACAAACGCAAGAGAGCUGUGAUUUUUAUACUAAUAAUCCAGUUUGGGAUCAUCCGAUAGAUUUACAUUACACAACUCAGACUAUACAAAAUUCUCCGAAGUUAUUAUUACAAGUAUUUGGCAGAGAUAAUUAUGGAAGGAUAAUAUUUCUUUCAUAUGGAGUAUAUAAUGUUCCAGUAUCAUCUGGUUCUUAUGUUUUAGAUUGUCAUACAUGGAAACCUAUUGGUACUUGGAAGGACAGAUUAUAUGAUAAAUUCCUAGGAAAUAGUUUACAAUUAAAAUCACCUAGUGUUUUAAUAAACACAUUAGAUAGGUUUGAAAUACUAACACAAAGCAUGGGAACAGUGAUUGUUCAGUUAUAUAUCUUAACAAGAAAUUUCGAUAAAUUUGGAUGUCAGUUGUGA